UGCAUCUGCAACUACGGCGGUAGCAGCGACAGCGACAGCAGCAGUCGGAGCAUCAUCCCCAGUGCAGGCAGACGGCGGCAGUGAUGGCUCCCCUCCAGCACCUCCUCCUCCUCUGUCUCGCUCUGUCCGUCUCGGCCUCCCCGGACGGUUAUACAGACGGCGGCGUCACCCCCGUUCCCGUUUCCCCCAGUCCCGCCACGUACCGACCUCGCUCCCCAAACGACAACAUCUUCGCCGGCAGCAGCGCGGGCGGCGUGGGCGGCGGCUACUUCCCUGCGGCUGCUGGCAGCGGAGGUCGAGUCAUCUCAGUGGGUAGCGGCGGCGGCGGCAGGCGCGCCCCCUCCUCCGCCUACUCCCCCGCCCCCGGCGGUGAGGGCAUGCCGUACGACUUCGGCUGGGCCGUCCAGGAGCCGGACAGCGGUAACGAGUUCACUCACGAGGAGACGUCCGACGGCGUGCUGACGUCGGGUCAGUACCGGGUCAACCUGCCUGAUGGCCGCGUUCAGCUGGUUACCUACACCGUACGGGGAGACAGCGGGUAUCAGGCGGAGGUCACCUACGAGGGAGAGGCUCAGUACCCGCCCACGUCCAGCGGGCAGGGGUACAGCUCUGGAGGUCAGCCGAGCUACAGCGCGCCCGCCGGCGGAGCGGCGCGGUACUCGGCUCCCUCUAGCAACCAGCAGAGGUACUCGGCUCCUUCCAGCAACCAGCAGAGGUACUCAGCUCCCUCCAGCAACCAGCAGAGGUACUCGGCUCCCUCCAGCAACCAGCAGAGGUACUCAGCUCCCUCCAGCAACCAGCAGAGUUACUCAGCCCCCUCGAACACCCAGCAGCGGUACAGCAGCGGCAGCGGCAGCCGGUCCCCUGCUGCACCCAGUCGCGGGUUCCCCAGCCGUGCCGGACGGCGGUACACCCCGGCCCCUAGCACCCAGUACGGUGCUGCUCCGUCCUCCCGUCCGACCAGCCCGGCCCCCAGCACGGAGUACGGUGCGGCACCGGCGACCCCUCGCUACUCACCCGGCCAGGACAGUAGCGGAGGAUUCGGCAGCCGCCUGACGCCUUCUGCAGGCGUCAGCUACCGGGGGUCGGGGUCGGGCGGUGCCGCUCCGCAGCUGGAGAGCACCUACGGAGCGCCGGCCACCCCGUCUCAGUCGUACGGAGCCGUCUGAGAGUCGUACGGAGCCGUCUGAGAGCGGCAGACGUCACAGGGAAAGUCACCGAGCGGUGUCACCCAUCCGUGCUUCUAUCCUCAGGAUACUGAAAUCCUUCUCCUCCAAGCCGCAACCCCCCUCCGGGCUGGACAGGCAACU